AUGAAUGUCAAUCACAAGUUUAAGACUGAUGUAUGCAACAAGCAAAUAUGGCUUGCAGCUUACGCAUGGAACAAGACGGAAUGUGAUAGGCAUUUUGAGGUGCUGAAACAGAUGGACCCUGCCAUUGCUACAUACGUCGAGCAAAUAGGGUUUGAAAAGUGGGCUCGUCCUUAUUGUCCAGGCGAUCGGUACAACAUAAUGACAAGCAACGCUGCCGAAAGCUUCAACAAGGUGACAGAAGAAUUCAGAAAAUAUCCAGUAACUAUUUUGGUUGACUUCAUCAGGUUCACACUUCAAAAUUGGUUUGCUUCUCGUCUCGAAAAGGCUAGUAAGUGCGCUACUCCUUUGGCUACUACUUUUGAAAAUGAUUUAAAGGAUCAACACAAAGAUGGUAUGUUCAGGAGUGUCCUUCGUAAUGGUGCCCAAUUGUUCAACGUUGGUACGAGUCCUCAAGGUGAGAGAGGUGGUGAUGUGAACUUAGUGGAGAGAACAUGCACUUGCGGACUUUUCCAAAUGCUGAAAAUCCCUUGUCCACAUGCAUGUGCCGCAACAGUUAGUCAGAAUGUGAGCGUGUACACACUUUGCUCUCCAUAUUACACUAAAGAAACGUGGAAGAAAACCUACGAUGCCACAAUUAAUAUUGUUGGCGAGGAGGAUGAGUGGGUACUACCGGAACAUAUCAAGAACAUAAGAAUCGGGGUACCAGUGGAGAAAAAACCGGUAGGUCGGCCUAGGAAGAGCAAUGCGGGUAGAAGACCGACGAAGCUGUCGACCGUCUAG